AAACAAGAAAAAAAACAUUAAUGAGACGAAAGAAGGAGGAGGAAGAAGAAGGAGAAGAAGAAGAAGAAGAAGAAGAAGGGGGCGAUGGAGGUGGACGAGGAGGAGGAAGAAGAAGAAGAAAAAGAAGAAGAAGCAGACGGCGGGCGAUGGAGGUAGAGGAGUGGGAGGGCGAAGAGGAAGGAGAGUAUUCCAAAGGGUCCAGUUUGAACCAAAUAGAGGGGGAGGGGGAGGGGGAAGGGGGGUAAUGAAUCCAUCGAAUGAAAUCGACUGGAUUUCACACGAGGCCUACAAUGUAAAGCAUAUAGAGCGCCAUUGCGCCCAUCAGCCCUCCCAGUCCCACAGCAAAAAACUCAUCCAGCUGCUGCUCGCUGACCCCGCCCGGUCUGACGUCCAGGUUCUUCUUAUCAUCAUUAUCAUCGAACACCAUUCUCUCUCUCUCUCUCUCUCUCUCUCUCUCUCUCUCUCUCUCUCUCUCUCUCUCUCUCUCUCUCUCUCUCUCUCUCGAGCGAACAACGCUCCUUUGUCCUCCUCUACCAAGACUCGUUCCGACGCCCGCCCACGGUGAGCGCUGCUUUGCUUGCCCCGCCUUCUCCCUCCUCCCUCGCCUGCUCCGCACACUCCGGCUCCUCCGCCCCUCUCCGCCUGCUUCUCCCGCUUCCGCUCAGGCUUCGCGCCGACCCCAAAUCCUCUUUCCGCAACAAGGCUACUGCUCAGUCAUGCCCGCAAAGGCAGCAGAUCGUCUUUCAGCGACCGCGAAUUUCCAGUACAGACUCCAAAUGGGAAGCAUUAGCAGUCGGAAAUUCGCCCUCGCUGAAAGACUCCAAAUUAACGAGAUGGUAUGGCAGCUACCGAACAGAUCACAUUUCAAUAUGAAAAGUACAGAUCUACUGCUGCAACAUGUGGAAUCGGUCAAAAGAGAUGUUGGAAGCGGUGAAGAACUGCUUAUUGCGGCCUAUGAUGUAAAGGAGAUGUUUUGCAACCUCCCGCUGAUCGAUUUUUGGACUAGGGAUGGUGUGGAGAAGGUUUUGAUUAGGAAGCAAGGGAAAGAUGCGAAGCUCAUGAGGGGUAAGAAAGUGGAAGGUUGGGAUGUGGUUGAGUUUCGCUCUCUUAUCGAAUUCGCGCAGUAUGACCUGGCCAACACCUUCACCAAGGUAGGUGGGAUAGCGCCAGCCGUGACGUUGAAGCGGAAACACAAGAGGGGUGCGCAGCUAUCUGGGCUAGAGAUGGAGUUGGGGGGGGAGCUACAACGAGGAGCAGGCGACUGGCUGAUGACCUUGGAAAAAGGAUGCAGGAGGUUACAGGUGAUGGUGGGCGAGUUGUCUUUGCGAUCGCAUGAGGAGCCAGAGGACGUAGGGGGGGCGAUCUCUCUGGCUGGCUGGGUGAAGAAUAUGGCCGACGACAUGUUGGACAUCAUCUGGGAGCUGGAGGAGGGGCCGGAUCCCCAGCUAGAAUCCUGCAUCGAUUGGACGAGGGCACGUGGCAUGAUGUCUACCUGUUAUGCCCUCUUCGCUGAGGGCCGUAACCUGCACUAUAAGCUGGAGGAGCGGUUGAUGGGCGAUGGCGACAUGGAGGAUGAGAACUGGCAGGAGAAUGGAGUACAGGAAGACAAGGCUAACUCCGGCGUCGACACCGACAACAACAACAACAACAAUAUUAAUAACCGCGACAACGACAACAACAAUGGGCUUAACGAUAGCAACAAUGACAAUAACAACAUCAGCAACAACAACGACUUCAACAACAACGACUUCAACAACAACAACAACGACAACAACAAUGUAUACAUCAACAACAACGAGGACUACAACGGCAGCAGCGAUGCGGUGGGAACUGGGGCAGAUAACAACAACAAGGACGAUGGGGAUGAUAACAACAACAACUGCGAUGAUGGCGGCAGCGGUGACGGCGGUGGCAGCGAUGAUGGCGAUAGAGAUGUGGGGAUUGGGGAUGAUAAAAGUGAUGGGGAUGACAACAACAACAACAACAACAACAACAACAACAGAGAUGGGGAUGACAACAACAACAACUGCGAGGAUGGCGGCAACGACGACGGCAGUGGAAGCAGCGACGACGGCGGCAGCAACGACCACGGGAGCAGCAGGGCAGAGAGCAUCAGCACGACGGGAAAUAAGCCCCAUGCUGACAUGGUGGGGAGUGGAGUAGACACAGAUAGGAGGGUUAUAUGCGGAGUGAUGUGACUGGUGAGAUGGGGCUUGAGGUUGAAGGAUCAAUCUGUCGUUUCCCCCCCCUUCUAUCUGCUGUUUCUACAUGGUGACUUGUUCUUCUGUCGGCGAUUGGGUGGGAGUAGGAUAGAUGUCCACCUCCCCUUUUUUUGAUUAGAGCUGACCGGCCCUCAAACUCUAAUCAUGAAGGGGUGCCGAUCGCCCCAAGGGGAUGUAGGGUGCUUAGGCUCUUGAGUUUUGCUUUGUUUCCUUUUCCUGGGGUGAUUGAUGCCGAUGGUUUUAUAGAUACGAUAGUACUUCAUGGGCACGAAAUCGAUCCUUCCCUGUUGCAGGGAAGUAAUCAAUGCCUCUGCUCAUC